AUGUAUCCUCAGCACUGCAACUUGGAUUCGAGCUCUAUAGAAGGACAUUGGUUGCGGAAAGCAAGAGAAGAGUAUGGUGUGAAGCUAGCUCCCAUCCAGGUCCAACAUUUCGAGGGAGAACACACCUGGGCGGACAGUUUCACCAAGCUUCUCGCAUUCAAUCGAACGCAAUAUGCGAGAGUCAUAAGUCUCGACUCGCACGCUAACGUUCUUGGACAUAUGGAUGAGCUAUUUCUCUUACCUCGUGCCUCUAUCGCCAUGCCCCGUGCAUACUGGCUGGAAGAAGGUCUCUCAUCUCAGAUUGCAGUGAUAGAGCCCUCUAAAUACCAGUUUGAGCGUAUUCUCCAAGCUUUCAGACGUCGACAGGAGUCUGACUUCGACAUGGAGACAUCCAACGAUCUCUAUGCCCGAGACUGCGUCAUCAUUCCUCAUAGAAUGUACGACCUUCUUACCGGCGAAUUUCGCAAGAAGGAUCACCAUAGAGAGGCUAAGUAUGUACACUUUUCUGACUGGCCAUAUCCUAAACCAUGGGUCCCGAAUUCGGAAGUGAAGAGAUUGGAACUACAACCGGACUGUGACGGCGCUGAGACGGGAGAACGAGACUGCUCUGACCGCCGCAUCUGGAACAAAAUCUACCGGGAAUAUCGCGAAAGGCGUCAAGUAAGCACAUACUUUGCCAUGUUUGGUAGCAGCUGA